ACUCGUUCAACCCUCUGUGGUAUUCAUUAUUGACCUCUUGUUUCCUCUCAAUUGUCAAAUAACAUCCUUUCAACUGUUCUCUCUCUCUCCAGAAAAAUGUCUUGCUGUGGAGGAAACUGUGGCUGUGGAGCUGGCUGCAAGUGCGGCGCUGGCUGUUCUGGAUGCAAGAUGUACCCUGACUUGAGCUACUCUGAGAGCACCACCACCGAGACUCUCAUUGUUGGUGUUGCACCCCAAAAGACAUAUUUUGAGGGAUCAGAGAUGGGUGUAGGUGCUGAGAAUGGAUGCAAGUGCGGAGACAACUGCACCUGUGACCCAUGCAACUGCAAAUGAGAACAACAACCAGCCUUUACAAAGCAGAGAUGAUGAACUCUCAUGAAGAAAAAUAAUAUAAUCCAUGUAUGUAGUUUUAGUAGUUGUGUCAUGUUUUGUCUGGGGUAUAGGCUUUAGGAUGAUGAUGAUGUAGGCCUUAAGUUAUGUAUCCCUAAUAAAGUGGCCAUGGUUGUUUCAUGGUUGCUCUGUGUCUGCUCUGCUCUCCUCUGCUCUGUUUGUAUAAUAGUUGUAAGCUAUGGAUCAUGAGAGUCUCUGCUUUUCAUGGGGUCUAGUGUACGAUGGAAGAGACUGGGUUUUUAAUGAAAAACUCAUUCUGCUGUCAGAAAUAUCUCCUUUUUACUUCAAUUUCUUUUUCUCAAAUUUUGAAUUCUGGUGUUUUUGAAUAUGGGUUGAUUGAUUCUGGGGUUCUAAAUCUGUGAAGCUUUGAAAAGGGAUAAAUAGCUCUGUUGUACCUUAAAGGGUGUGUUUAAUUUAAGCCUCAGG